CUUAAACACGGAGAUUUGCUAGCAAAUUUCUAUCAUCUCAUCUCAUCUCAUCUUUCUCAUGGCUUGUGUCUAUGUUGUUUUCUUACUCUUCUUUGUAUCCUUUGAAGCUGUAGGAGCACAAGAAGAGCCCCCAGCUGGCUUCAUAACCUUGGAAUCAGCUACACUCUCCCCUACAAUUCAACCCACUUCAUGGACGUCACCUUCUGGCAUAUUUGCAUUUGGGUUCUACCCUCAAGGAAGUGAUUUUUUAUUGGGAAUUUGGUUAAUGGAUGAAGAAAAAACUCUUGUAUGGACUGCACAUCGAGAUGACCCGCCGGUGCCCUUGGAUGCUAAACUCUUGACCAUUAACGGCAAGCUCCUUCUGAGAACAGGGCAAAGUGAGGAAAAAGUCAUUGUGGAGUCGGCUUCAUUUGCUUUCAUGAGAGACUCAGGAAAUUUUAUGGUCUACAACCAAAGUUUCCAUGUCAUCUGGGAAAGUUUUAAAUUUCCUACUGAUACCAUAUUGGGAGGCCAGAAUCUGACGACCGGGGAUCAAUUGUUUUCUAGUUUAUCUGAAACUAAUCAUUCCACUGGACGGUUUCGUCUCCAGAUGCAGACUGAUGGGAAUCUUGUUUCAUACUUUGUAGAUGCUUUACCCAUGGUACUGGAUGCUUAUUGGGCUUCUGGUACCAGGGACGGCGACGUCUCCAUGAAUCAGAUGUAUCUUAAUGAUGCUACUGGCCAGCUAGUCAUCAGAAACAGCACCAAUUUGGUAACACGAGCAGUCUUAUACACCAGUUCGCGUUCUGCCAAGAACACAAUCUACAGUGCAAGGCUUAGCUAUGAUGGGAUGUUCCGAAUGUAUUCUCACAGUUUUGACAGUAACAGUAAUGGCGAUAAGAGCGUUCUCUGGUCAGCAGUGGCCGAGGACGAGAAGUGUCAAGUAAAAGGUUUCUGUGGUUUGAACAGCUACUGCACCCGGAAUAACAGUGAACCCUACUGUGUUUGUCUUCCUGGUACUGACUUUGUUGAUUCCAACCAGAAGCUACUUGGCUGCCUGAAGAAUUUUACUGAAUACAGCUGUAACAAUAUCUCUUAUUCUGCCUCUUAUCACAUUGUUCGUGCAGAGCAGAAUCUGCAAUGGGAUGACCUUCCUUAUUUUAAAGGAACGAUGAGUAUGGAAGAAUGCAUAAACGGCUGUUUAGAGGACUGUAAUUGCGAGGUGGCGCUGUAUGAUAAGGAUGGCUAUUGCUCAAAACGAGCACUUCCACUGAAAUAUGCCAGAAGUGAUGAAAAUGUGCUGUCCGCAGCUUUCUUCAAGGUAAGCAAAAAAAGUAUUGAAAUCAAGAAUGAUACAAGCUUCAUUCCAGACCAUACAACAGAGGUCACGACCACAAGCACUAAAGACUUGGUGCUAAUUCUUGUUAUCACUGUUGGCUUCAUUACAUGUUCAUUUGUUUCCCUUGCAAUAUCUGGUUUUUUCAUUUUCAAGUUUCGAGUUGCGAAGUACAGAAGGCUUCUGGAAGAUGGAAAACGGGGCCUUAUGGAGGAGCUCAAAAUGCAAUCUUUUUCUUACAAGGAGCUACAGAAAGCAAGCAGAAACUUCAAAGAAGAACUAGGUAAGGGCGCUUUUGGGACUGUUUACUUGGGAGUUCUGCACAAAGGUAAGAAACUUGUUGCAAUAAAGAGACUGGAGAAGAUGGUGGAAGAAGGGGAAAGGGAGUUUCGGGCAGAGAUGAGAGCAAUUGGGAGAACUCAUCACAAGAACUUGGUUCGCUUGCUCGGCUACUGCACUGAGGGCUCAAAGAGGCUUCUUGUUUAUGAAUAUAUGAGUAACCGUUCUCUUGCAGAUAUUCUCUUCAAGAGCAAAACACGCCCACCUUGGGAUGAAAGGGUUAGAAUUGCACUGGAUGUGGCCAGAGGGAUCUUGUAUCUACAUGAGGAAUGCGAGGCACCUAUUAUUCAUUGUGAUAUAAAGCCUCAAAACAUUUUGAUGGAUGAUUUCUGGACUGCUAAGAUCUCUGACUUCGGGCUGGCAAAGUUGCUAAUGCCAGAUCAAACGAGGACCUUUACAGGGGUUAGAGGCACUAGAGGGUACUUGGCACCAGAAUGGCAGCAGAAUAUCCCAAUAUCAGUGAAGGCCGAUGUUUAUAGUUAUGGUAUAGUACUCUUGGAACUUGUGUGUUGCAGAAGGAACUUGGAGGUGAAUGUGUCAAAGCCAGAAGAGAUUGUUCUUUCUAAUUGGGCCUACAAGUGCUUUGUGGCUGGAGAGCUGUACAAACUUUUGGGUGGUGAAGAAGUAGAGAGGAAGAGCUUGGAGGAAAUGGUUAAGUUGGGACUUUGGUGCAUUCAAGAUGAGCCAGCUCUUCGUCCUUCUAUCAAGAGUAUUGUGCUGAUGUUGGAAGGAAUUACUGAAAUUGCUGUUCCUCCAUGCCCAACCACUACCUCCACCUAAAAUCUUUAAGAAAAGUUGUAGCUGUUUCUUUCAUGUAAUUUUCGUAUCUUAUUUUACCCUAUAAUGGAAAGCCAUUAUGAAUUA